AUGGCAGCUCUGGCCAUAAUGCUCUGGCAGAACUCUGUCAGCCGACAGACACCGGACGUGACCGUGCCCGGAGCGGGGCGGCGGCCGGUUCGGAGCUGCACAAGGCGGCCUCCGCUGCCUCCCGGGGCCAGCCGCCAGCCCUGGGCGCUGCGGGAUCACCGCCGCCCACUCGCCGCCUGCCAGCCGGGAACGUCGCCAGGCUCGGAGGCCACGACCUGGCCUUCCGUAUCCCAUUCUCCUCAUCCGUAUCUCGUUCCCCUGUCCCGCAUCCCGUUCUCCCAUCCCGUAUCCCGUUCUCCUUAUCCCGCAUCCCGUUCCCGCUCCCCGCGCUCCCGGACUCGGCAGCGCCGCCCAGCGGCCGCUCUGUCCCGCGGGAGGCAGCGGCCUCCCCGCCGCGCGGGGGGGCUCCCUCAGGCCGCGCCGCCAUCUUGGCGGGGCCCUGAGUGCAGCUUUUUGGCCCAUCCUUGCCGUGUUCAGGGCUUGUUCUGUGCCGAGGUGCUCGUGCUGUGCUGUGAAAUGGCCUCAGUCUUUGUAAGAACCGAGUGCUGGGUGCUGGUGAGGUGCCAUCGCCCCUGGAUUCUGUGCAGCCCAACCACAGACUCUGCCUCAGAAUCUCAGAUGGAGGAAUUUAGCAACAUGCAUGGGGAAUUUGCUUUCUAAACUGAAGUUCUGCAGGACUUGAUUCUCUUCCUAACACUUCUAUAAGUCAAGUGCAACCCAUGGCCAAAUCCU